AUGGCUUCACACCAGUAUCCUGAGGAGAAAAAGGUGUCCCCCGAUGUCGACGCGCUCGACUCCGAUGGAGCCAGCUCCAUCGAUGCCAUCACAGCAUUGGUAGCUGAGGACCACCAACAUGAGAUCAGGCUGCGCACAAUGUCAUGGCAAAAGGCAGCAUGGCUCCUCGCCGGAGACCAAGUGUCUUUGGCUAUCAUGGCCCAGACAUGGUCACUAUCUGUGUUGGGUUGGGUUACCGGCAUCAUCACUAUGGUUCUCGCAGGCGCACUGUUUUGGAUCACGUCCAUCACCAUGGACAAGUUCAUCAUGAAACAUCCUCAGAUCAAGGACAUCUGCGACUUUGCAUACAUCGCAUGCAAAAGAAGCCGUGUUGCAUAUGAAUUCACAGGCGCAAUGCUGCUUGCGAACAAUAUUCUGCUCAUUGGCUUUCACGUCCUCACUGGUGCUAAGGUGCUAAACGGCCUGUCUGAUCACUCGCUUUGCACUGUCGUCUUCUCGGUCAUUGCGAUAAUCAUAGGCAUCGUCAUGUCCCUGGCCCGAACCCUGCACCAUGUUUCGUUCAUGUCGAUGUUCUCAGCUUUCUGCAUGGGCCUCGCGAUCCUCCUCUUCUUGACCUUUGCCGGUAUCGAAGAUGCUCCUCUAUAUGGCUACGGGGGCAACUAUCCAGAACUGGGAGAGGUCAAGACGUACGCGUUCCCUCCAGCUGGGACUACGUGGGUUGCAGGUAUGAAUGCGGUCCUAAAUAUCACCUAUGCUGUCACCUAUGUACUGUGGAUCCUCUUUCCCACAUUCAUUCCCGAGAUGGAAAACCCACAAGACUACCCCAAGGCUCUCGCCGUUCUUGCUGGUAUCUCUGCCUUUCUCUUCAUCGUUCCACCAUCCACCGGGUUCAGGUAUCUCGGGAAAUACUCCACCGCCCCAGCCUUUGGCAGCUUGGGCGUUGUUGCGUACAAAAAGGCAGCCUUCGCUUUCGUGAUCGUGCCGAUCCUUGUUAUCGGCGUCAUCUACGCCAACGUCACAGCCAAAUUCAUUUACUUCCGGGUCAUGGGCAACUCCCGACAUGCACACAGCAACACCUUCACCGGCUGGGGUGUCUGGAUCGCUCUGAUGGGCGGCAUCUGGCUCCUCGCCUUCGUAUUCGCCGAGGCCAUCCCGUCAAUGGGCGACUUCCUCUCCCUCCUCGGUGCGGCCUUUGACUCCUUCGGCUUCAUUUACUUUGCCAUCGCCUACUAUCAGCUGUACAAGGGUCGCCUAUUUAACGGAGCCGGCAGGUCUAUCAUGGGUGUCAUUCAUGUUUUUGUGCUGAUCUGCGGGUUGUUCUUGUUGCGCCCUGGGCUGUACACUGCUGUCGAAGCUAUCAUCGAUGACUACUCCGGUGGUACGAAGCCUGCUUUUAGCUGUGCGAACGCCGCCAUUUAG